AUGAUAACGCUUCAGUCGAUUUCGGACGCCUUCGAUUUGGCAUCAGCCCGUCAUGGCGCAUUCCAGUGGUCGGUCGCGCUGGGGUGGAUAGGUCUGGUCUGGUACUCUACGGUGACGACUGUUUGUGCUUUGGGUUACUACAAAUUAUGGAAGCACUACCUCCGACGCCCUCAGGAAUCCUACUCCGCCACGGCUCCGGACGCUCCUCAUGUCACCGUCAUUCGACCGGUCAAAGGCCUCGAGCCGCACCUGUACGACUGCCUAGCCUCGACCUUCCGGCAAGAAUACCCCCGCGGCAAACUUACCGUGUGUCUUUGUGUGUCCUUCCGAAGCGAUCCUGCCUACGCGACGCUGGAGAAACUGGUCGCCGAUUUCCCGCAUGUCGAUGCGCGUGUUUACGUGGAGGAAGAGGAUCCGCUCCUACAGCCCGAUCAUGAACCCGCGUACGAGCUUGGGCCAAACCCGAAGAUCCGGAAUAUGAGUCGCGCGUAUAGAGAGGCGAAGGGUGAUAUCGUCUGGAUUGCGGACUGUAAUGUCUGGGUUGGAAAGGGUGUUUGCGGGCGCAUGGUCGACGAGCUGUGCGGUCUUGGUGCGGAAUCCAGCAAAGAGAAUAAAUUCGUGCACCAUCUGCCUGUUGCUGUGGACGUGACGGGUACUGCUAGCUUGGAGGAGCAGCGUGCGCUCGAAACGAACGGCACUGUCAAAAACGAUGGCGGGCAGAGCCCUCGCACGUCUGGUGUUUCGGCUAUGGGAGGUGGCCGGCUGGAAGAACUGUUUCUCUCGUCCUCGCAUGCCAAGAUGUAUACCGCCAUCAACACCGUGCUCAUCGCGCCAUGCAUCGUGGGCAAGUCGAAUAUGUUCCGGCGCUCUCACCUCGACUACCUUACUACCCCAGCCCCAACUGCCAGCCGCAAGUUCAACCCCGGAAUCGACUAUUUCUCAGACAAUAUUUGCGAGGACCAUCUGAUCGGGGAUCUGCUCUGGAAGAACAAGGUCCGCGAGGAGAAAGAGCACGGCAAACGCCUGGGCAAACAUGCGCUGGUCUAUGGAGACCUCGCAUUCCAGCCCAUUGCAAACAUGAGCGUGCGAUCUUAUAUAGCGCGCCGGGUACGGUGGCUGCGUGUCCGAAAAUUCAUCGUCAUGCUCGCGACCCUCGUCGAACCUGGCACAGAGUCAAUACUGUGUUCUCUUUUCGGGGCCUUCGGUGUCACCACCUCAUUGGCGCAGUACCUCCAGAACGAAGCGCUGGCCACUUGGACAGCCUUUCUCACUUUCUUUAGUGUCAGCAUUCUAACCUGGAGUCUAAUCGAUUGGACUGUCUAUAUCAUGCUUCACUCCGGCAAGACUGUCGAACGGGACGUAAACACCCCAGCAUUUGCGCUUCCGCCCCGCGGCAUAACUAGGCGCCGCUUCCAACAUUGGCUUUCUGCUUGGCUGGGAAGGGAGACACUUGCCUUUCCUAUCUGGUUCUGGGCUAUUUGGGGCGGUAUGACUGUGACCUGGCGGGAUCGUCAGUUCAGGAUUGGGCUUGAUACGAAGGCGCAUGAGGUUGGGAGUGGCAUCCGGGUGAAACCAUCACAAUUGGAGGGAUCUGAUUCAGGCGAGAAUGAGGGUGCACCACUUGUAUUGGCCGCCAAUGGUAAACCGAGACGCAACCGGCGGAGAAGUACACGAACAAAAAGGAGUAGAGGAUAA